UUUUUACAAUUUUGGAACAGAUUAAAAUGGGAAAUGAGUGUUUGUCAUGCAAACACACACACAAACGUCCGCACACAGAUAUGCUGCAAACUCUCUCUGAAUGUAACGAAAAACAGUGUACAGUAGGUGGCGGUAUGCACCAAUUGCAUGUUGCAAGCUGCCAAGAAAGAAAGACAAAGAAGAAGAGGAAGACGAGACGACGACGAUUCAUUUAUGGGUGCAGGCUUCACUCGGCGGCCAUCUAUGUAACGCGGUUUGGGACGCUAUUUCAGUAGUUAUUAAAAUAUAAAACAUGCCACGUGUGUGUGCUUUCAACGGUUGUAACAAUACAGUAGGUGGUGGGCGUUCUUUUUUCAUCCUACCAAAGAAUGAGAGAAGGAGAGAGGAAUGGCUUCGCCAUGCUAGGAUUGAAGUUCUAACAAAAACGGAGCCGGAGAGAGGAGGAUAUGUGUUCUGCAGUGAUCAUUUCAGGCCAGAGGAGAUAAAAUGUAAAGGUCAAAGAAAACGGCUGGUUCUAAAUGCAGUCCCGGCCCUUUACGAGCAAAGCACCCCUGCGCUACAGGAGAAAAGAGGGGAGGACAUGCCUUCACAAUGCACUUAUGAGUGUAAAAUGCCCGUAGACUUCCACACACUGCUGGCACAAAAAAACAAGAAAAUCAAAGAAAUGAAAAUCCUGCUGAAGAAAGAGAAGUCCAAAUUGCGGGUGUUCCGUUACAGAGCCAACAACAAAAUCAAAGACCUGCAGUUACAAGUAUCCAAACUUCAACCUCACCAGAACACCGAGACAUAUGCUCUGACCACCGAGUGCCUCCCAAAGGAAGCCAAAGAAUUUGUGGAUGGGCAGAUUGCAAUGGCGCAGAUGAGGAGCCGUGGCCAGCGUUACACCAAAAAACAAAAAGACUUGGCAAUCCGUCUUUACCACCACAGCCCAGCGUGCUACUUGGAGCUGAAGAAUACAUUUCAAUUACCUGCUCCAGUCACCCUGAUAAGACAUCUGAUGGACAGCCUGGGGAGUUUUGAACCUGGAUUCCUUCAUGGGGUUUUGGCAAAGCUCAAGGCCAAGGCCGAAACCAUGGCCAAGGAAGAGAAAAACUGUGCAAUUGUCAUUGAUGAGAUGGCCAUCAAAAAUCAGCUUGACUACAACCGCAAGCUGGAUUGCAUAGACGGGUUGGCAGAAGGCGGCAAAAUGGCAACGCGAGCCACGGUGUUCGUGGUUAGAGCCAUAAAUGGAAAGUGGAAGCAGGCAAUUGGAUACUUCCUAUCAAUGUCCACAAUGGCAGGUGAAGAGAUUGCAGCCAAACUUCGAGAGACAGUCGCCUACCUGGAAAGUUCUGGGCUGAAUGUCAAAUGUGUCGUCUGUGGCCAGGGACCGACAAAUGAGGAGGCCAUGAGGAUCUUGGGAGCCUCCCUAGACAUCAACGAGGAUGGCGAUGUAUCUCACUGUAUUGACAUCGAUAAAAAGAUCCCCCUCAUAUUUGAUGUUCCACAUUUGGUCAAGUCCAUUCGAAACAACUUAAAACAACAUCCAAUAAAUAUUCAAGGGAAUGAGGUGUCAUGGAAAUACCUGCAGGAUUUUUACAUCAAAGACAGGAAAGGUGUCAUCCGGCUGGCCCCAAAACUUACAGCGAGCCAUAUCUAUCUGCCUCCGUCAUCCAACAUACGAGUCAAUCUGGCCACUCAGAUCUUCAGCCACUCUGUGGCAGCUGGCAUGCAGACUAUGGUGUUACAACACCAACUACAAAAGGACGCCCUCCACACUGCCAAGUUUGCAGAGGACAUGGACAGGCUAUUUGAUGUCCUCAACUCAAGGAUGAAAGACAGCAAAUGGUGGAGAAGGCCUCUAGGCACCGAUUCCAACAGGCUGGACUACCUUCAGAAUUGUAUAAGUUGGAUAAAAUCCUGGAAAUUUGGAUCUACAAGACCUCCACCGUGCCGUACAGGCUUGGUGCUGAGCAUACGGAGCAUCCUGAAGCUUUACCAGGAGCUGAUGUGCGAGGGAGUGAAGUACCUCUGCACAUCAACACUGAACAAGGACUACCUAGAGAACCUGUUCUCAGGGAAGGGAGGGCAGCAGAUCUACCCCACGGUCAGGGAGUUGGCAACAGCACUGAUGAAUGGUUCAGCGGCAUACAUACUCGGCCUCCCGGAAAGUGCCACAAAUUAUUUUCCUGCUGAUGGCACUCAGUUGUUGCAAUGCAGCCAUGCGAGAAGCACAGAACAGAGUGAACAGGAGCCUGAGCCUGAGGACGUUGUCUACAACAGUGAGCAGAGCAUCCCCUGCGUGGACGUCGUCAUUGAUGCCGACGAUGCCAUGGACAUGCAGAAAGGGAAGCAGGAGGUGCUCGCCUACGUGGCUGGAUGGGUGACGUCGAAGGUGGCAGAGGACCCCGAACUCGGGCAGUGCUGGGAGUGUCAUCAUGCUCUAGUGAAAUUAAACCACAUGGAGCACGGUUACAGCACCGUUUCGAGGGAGGGCUCCUUGAUCAAUGAUCCCUCCACACUCCUCAGGAACUGCAUUGUGAAGUGCGAAAGCAUAAUUGAACAAACACCGCCUGAAAUCUGGGCAGCAAAGGGUCUGACUAAGAGGCUGAAAGAGGCUCUUCAAUGUGGCGGAGCAUUCAGCGAGCUCCACACACAACACCCGACCCACUCAAAGGCAAUUGAAAAGGUGGCUUUAAAUAAGUUUGUGAUGUGCCGGAUUGGAGCAGAGCUGAGGGCCCGUAAUCAAGUGACUGCCGAAAUUAAAAAAAGAAAGGGGGGUCCACUGAAAGAUGCCACGGCAAGAAAAAAGCUGGCCUGCUUAAACGCCACAAAAUAAAAUUUGUGUUGCCAUAACAACCACAACGGUCCAUCUUGGUUUAUAUUCGAGUUUUCAUCAUCACUUUUCUGCCUAACUUAGCAUCAGUGUUAUAAUUAAUGUUGAACAUUGCUAAAAAACAUUAUUAAACAAAGAAAUCUAUUAUCUAUUACCUAACGUUAGCCCAGUGGUUCUCAAACUUUUUCUGUCAUUCCCUACUUUGGAGGUGGGGAAUUUUCAAGCCCCACCUGACUCCAUCAACACGGCAAAAUGGUAACGUU